UAGGAUCGUUUGUAUUGCGAAUGGUCUCAAAGUCAACAGUGGGAAAUUGAUAUUCUUUCAAUGUUUUCAGUACGUAGAGUAGAAGUGUGUCGGCUUAUGAUCGCACGAAAAUAAGAAAGUUUGCAGUUAACGGCAUGACAUGCACGGGGGAAAUACACCUGUAUCUGUGACAUUGUCAGGAUUUACCUUAAAUUAACCUGUAUACCUGUGGAAGUUCACUUCAUAAAUACUGGAUAAUAUACCUCAACGCACGUGGAAUUCAGAUUUUCAUUAAACGUGUAUUGUCUAUUUAGGCCUUCCAUAUCACUAACAACGCGUGUGUCAUUGGGAACUAUUUUAAAAGAGCGCAUGGAAUAAAUGUGCAGUGAUUUAUAACACAGAAAACAAGAAGAUUUUUAAACAAAGUGAAAAUAACUGUUGCUCUGAAAAGGAAAGGAGAAUUUUGAAUAUUUACAUGGUGACAUGUUUGUCAUGACUUCGAAGAUUUUUGUCCAUAUUCCUCGGAUUUAUUAAUUCGGUGUGGUGAUUUCGGAUUUUGGUUGGGGGUGGAUCCAUUAAGCGCAUGCUAUGAUGGGAAACAGCGUGAUCUGGAAACUCCUGUGGAGUAUUUUCAUUGCUAAUCUGGAUUUCUCCUCCACUGCCGAUUUUUUCUCGGAUUCUGCACUCCUUGGGAAAAGCCGCUUCCAAGAUGACACCCCUAAAUUUGUCCAGGAACCCGACGAUAGCUACCACAUUGUCCGGAACAAGCCAGCAACCGUUGAAUGUAAAGCCAUCAAUGCCGUCCGCAUUAACUUCCGCUGUGCCGGACAGUUCAUGGAACCCACCCACAUGGAAAACAUCGUGGACCAAGAAACGAGCACGAAAAUCUUGUCCGCCUUUGUCAACGUGGAGCGAGCGGACGUGGAGGAGUAUUUUGGUGGAGAUUUCUGGUGCGAGUGUUUUGCAUACAACACCAAUAUAGGAUUGGAUGGCGUAGGAGGGAUUACGAGCAAACAGGGCACUAUCGAAAUUGCAUAUCUACGAAAGAGGUUUGAACGAGAACCAUUGAUGACCAGGGUCCAAGUCUCAAAAACAACCCAGCUGGAUUGUCUACCCCCAGAGGGAAAACCUUUACCAGAGGUGUUUUGGUUGAAGGAUAAUGUGGAGAUCAACACCAAAGAUGGCUACUACAUCGUGUCCAACACUGGGGACCUCCUCAUCAGUCAGACCCAGCUACGAGACAUGGGCAACUACACGUGCGGGGCAAAGAACCUGGCAGCCAGGCGCCUGAGUGAAUCCGCCUCACUCAUUGUCUAUGUUGAUGGAAGCUGGUCAAGUUGGAGCUCAUGGACAGAGUGUUCAGUCAAAUGUGGAAAGGGGGAAACCCGGAGAAUGAGGACCUGCACCAAUCCAGCACCACUCAAUGGGGGCGCCACUUGCGUAGGGGACAGUGUCCAGACCAACCCCUGCGGCUCCAUUUGUCCAGUUGAUGGAAGAUGGGGUGCUUGGUCCUCAUGGUCAACUUGCAGUACGGAGUGUCAGCAUCACAGGAAGAGAUACUGCAAUGACCCUCCGGCUAAAGAUGGUGGAAGUUACUGCAUCGGCAACGAUCUGGAUGGGGGGAAUUGCACAGGGGGCAGGUGCAGAGGAAAGCAAAUAGAGAUUAUCGGCCCCUCCCCAACUAAUCCCACAAACGCCGACGCCCCGAACCCAGACAACGUUCGAGGAAUUGGGAUUGAAGAUGCCGAUCAUGGACUCUUGGAACAGAAUCCAUCCAGAGAAGCGACAAAUACCUCAACCAACAACGACACUUUGAUCAUGAUUAUCGGACUCUGCAUUGCGGUCGUCGUCUUCGUAGUCGUCAUUGCCAUCGUAGUUUUUCUGUUGAAGAGAAAAUAUCAAAACCAAGGUUACAUGGCAGGAAAUAUUCCACCAAUAGGAAACGCAGAAGAGAAAAAGAAUAAAAAUGGACAAGACAUGAUGUCAGUACAGCCAGACCUCACCCAGCAGGUGGUGGUGUUCCCACAUCACAGUGCCUCCCCCAGCCCCUCCAUAGAACCCCCAAACAACAAUUACCCCACUGUGGAGAACAUUUACGAUAAACCAGAUGUUGGAUUGCCCAUAUAUGCAGACCACAGACUUUCAAAUGGAUCUGUGCCCAACAGGUCAUCCCCUGAGCUGCCCCCUCCAAACUCUCCUCUCGUGAUGAACUUGGUGCCGCCCAACCCACCUAAUUUGUUGGAUAGCAGACAUUCUAUGUCAUCAGUUCAGUUACCUGCUAAUGCUGAAACUGAGGCAGUGACAUGGGGGUCAUUUAAUCAUUCUGGAGGCAGACUGAUUCUCCCAGAGUCUGGUGUUUGUAUGACCAUUCCUGAGGGAGCAGUAAAGAAGGGUCAUGAAGCUGAACUGUAUCUAGGGGUUUGGCGAGAUGACACUAACAGACCAAAAACGUCAGAUGGUCAAACAAUUGUUAGCCCAGUCAUAGUGUGUGGGCCGAACGUGCCUGGAAUCUUGAUGAAGCCGAUUAUUUUGUCGUUCCACCACUGCGCCAGUAUGAGGCAGGGGGGCUGGAUGUUGUCUCUGUAUAACAGUGACACACAACCCGAGGAGGCCCCUUGUUGGCAGAAAUUGGUGACCCUGGGUCAAGAGACCAUUAACACUCAAGUUUAUGCCCAACUUGAUCCAAACCAGUGCCAUGUCAUGACGGAACACAUGCAGUGGUACACCCUGAUAGGAGAGGCCGUCCCCGGGGGUCGACCGGUAAAGAUUCUACGCCUAGCAGCCUUCGCCUCUAAUACACCACCCUCAGUUGAAUUCAGCAUCAGGGUUUAUGUCGUGGAGGAUACCCAUGAUGCUUUGGAGGGAGUAAUGCAAGAAGAAAGAAAGUUUGGAGGUCGAUUAUUAGAUAAACCAAAGCAGAUUCCAUUCCAAGAUGGUGGCCACAACUUGUGUUUGACGAUAGAGGAGCUAACACCAGGCUGGAGAAGCAAACUGGCUGCCAACUACCAGGAGAUUCCGUUCCAGCACAUCUGGAGUGGGAACCAGAACAACCUCCACUGCUCGUUCUCCCUGGAGCUGGUGGAAGGUUCGAGUCCCAACGUGAGCUGUAAGAUCCAGGUUUACCAGAAGGCCAUACUGAGCAAUAGACAGGUCCUCAACAUCCAGAACAACUUCAACAAAGAGAAGCUUCCAUCUUGUUCCACGCCCUCGUCAACACUUAAAGGACGGACAUCGACCGUGACGACCAAUUCCAGUUCAGGGUUCAGCUCCAUGUUGACUCUAGACCCCCAUGGCAACAAUUUCAGAUUGCCUCCUCAUAUAAGACAGAAGUUGUGUUUGUUAUUAGACCAGCCCAAUGCUCGAGGAAAUGACUGGAGAAUGCUAGCCCAAGCACUCACAGUUGAUAGGUAUGUCCAGUAUUUUGCCACUAAGAGUUCCCCCACAGAACACAUACUGAAUCUGUGGGAGGCCAGGCACAGAGAGGAGUCUGCUAUUACGGAUUUAAUGAACAUUUUCCGGGUGAUGGGCCGAAUGGAUGCAGCAGCUGUCAUGGAAAAAGACAUAGGAGCGUGGUUAUGAUCCCACCGACUUUUGACUUCCAGGGCAGCAGGACUGUCCCUGUGUAAAAAAAUUUUGAAAAAGAAGAAAAACAAAAGGAAUUCAGAAAUCCAAACCCCAGGGAUCGAAAAACUCCCAUCGAUGUUAACAAAAAACAAUUUUGCAUUGAUAUACGUGAUGGUUGAGCCCUAUUCCUGGAAGCAAGGAGGAUUAAAGCUAGAAACUUGCCCAUUAUUGCAGUAGAACAAGCAAUUGCUGCUUGUUGAUUACAGAGGCUUGAAGCUAGUGACUUCACUAGGGUGAAGAGGCUAGGACCAAAUAUUUAUUACAUACCAUCAUACUCUAUAAAUCCCUUUACCAGAGUAAAAUAUUUGACAAUUCUAAGUUGGGAUGAAAAGAUAUGGUGUGGUAUGGUUAAAGGCUACCAAUGUAGUUUGUUUUUUAAAAUUCCUGGUGCUUUCCUCUCUAAGCCAAGGAAAGAAAGACAAAACGAAAUCAGAGCAGCUGUUCCAAUGCAAUAUUACAAAGCAGUAUGCCGAUUUUUUUGUUCUUUAUAUCUUAAGUGCUACAGCAAAGAGACUGAAAGAGAAGGACCAAAGGGAAGUAACCCUUGUGUUCCGUUUUAUGAUGUGAUAUUUUUUUGUUUUUUUCUGCCAUGGUUAAACAUCAUGGACAAUUUCAAAAAACAUGUACUUCAUGCUGACUGUGAUUUUAAAGAAAUAUGUGUCACACAUGUGCAUGAGUUACAUUGCCAAAAAAUAUUAAUGUACACAGAAGAUAAAAAUCCAUUAUUCAUUUUAAAAACUUUCUGCUGAUAAAUUAAUGAUUAGAAAGCUGUUUAUUACAUAAUUGAAGCUGCAUUUUGUAUUAUUUCAUGGAUUGCAAAUCUUUGAAGAAAGAAAAACAGAUUCUGUUACAUUCAUGUUAAUUAUCAUUAAGGUGAACUCUUUAUCUAGUCAUGUAAUGCAUUAUGUGUAUAUGUGUGUUGAUAUGAUGCAUGUGCACAACACACAUUGUGCAUCUAACUUCAAAAGAAAUGAAAUACAUGUACAUUCUAUUCAGAAGAGAAUAUGGAACAUGAUAAAAAAAAAAUGAAUUGUAUGAAUGAAAUUUUUAUGAAUUUAUGAAUUUAAAACAAUGUUUGUCUUUCACUGUGUAUUAUGAUGUCGGAUUUAUUUAUUCCCUGAUAGAACUUAUAUCGGCUUGGAUUUUGUUCAAACCCCAUCAUCUCAUUUGUUCAGUAAAAACUCUUUAAUUGAUUAAUUAAUCAUUAAUUAAUUGUAGGCUUGUGCGAGGUGCUCACCUGUUUGGUAUGCUAGUCUUCAGAGUAGUGUGCAUUUGUUAUAUAAUAAGAGUGAGAGAAGGACAAAUGAGAGAGUGAAGAAUGAGGGGUGAGAUAUUGUCCAAAAAUUGUUUUGUUUGUCCUUGUGCUGUGUGGAAGGUGCUAAUAAGGUUAUUAGAAUUUGUGCAAUGUUACAAAAAAAGUGAUGAAAUUAUGAUGGAAUGAUGAUGUGGCCAAGUCUAUAUGUCAUUCAUUCAAAACUGCAUGUAUCAUAUAGCAAAUUCUUAAAGGGAUAACUUGUCACAUUUAAAACCCUAUCAAGGUGCUACUGAACACAUUUUAUCAAUAAAUAUUUAAUGUGUUGCAUUCUCUGAAAUCUCAUACAAAGGGAGACUACUUUUUUUUCCUCUCAAAAUUCUAAAGAUAAAAUGUGUCCAAUAUCAAUAUACAGUCAAUUAAAUUUAAAAGGGAAUCAACUAUUUCAGCUAAAUAAUUCAUUGCAUUGAAAACAAUUAGAUCUCGAUUUUUGACCAAAGAUUUGGGGUUUUUUUUUUCAUCAGUUGCCGUUUUAGGAAGAUUUUAAAAAAUAAUUUCUCACUUUGUUUUGUUCCUUGGAACAGUUAUUGCCAAAUGAUACUGACCAAAAUAUGGUUCUCCAUGUAUACAUUCAUAUUAUUUUAUAAUGAGGAUAUUGUAUGCAUUUGAAAGAUUUGUAAAUAAUUAUUAUCAUGUGAAAAAAAAUAAAUGAUAUAAACUUG